GUUAGUCAUGAGAUGAAAAUCUCAUAGGUGAUUAACCAUUGGAUAAGGAUGGGUGAUUUUAAAUUUCUCUUAUAAAGAUUUAGGGUCUCCUAAUGUUAUUUUUUCUUACCUAAUAAAAAAAAGAGUCUAUUAGUAGAGAUGUUGAGGAACUCAUUUUAUUGAGCCAGCUAGUAUACACCGGACCUUAAUCGGAUCGGGAGAAUUAAGGUGGACCCCAUCGUAAAUUGUGGAUUUGGGGUACGUAAAGUAAAAAAAAAAAAAAACAACUUUGAUUAAUUUAAGCAAAGUCCACCAACCUUAAAACCACAUUCAAAAGACGAGAUUAUUAGAUUUUCUGGAACAAAAACAAAACACUUCUUUAGUAGAAUCAGUACCCUUUUUCUACCCUAUAUUCUCUCUCUAAAAUCUGGAAAUUCUUCAUAUAAACCAGUGUACCUUCAUCAAUGGCGGCUUCUUUCAGUUGCCCUCCUUCUUCUAUCACAUUUCAUCCUAUUUACCCAUUUUUGCCAACCCUAUACUUGCUAUUAUCUUUCUCUCUCCUCUCAAUUUCAAUUCUCAUUUUCUCCAUUUUCAAACGACUCAAAAGAGCAGAGGAAGAAGAUGACCCAACAUCUCAAACCUCCAUUUCUAACCUCAGACUUUCUCUCUCUAAAAUUUCAGAUAAAACCCUAAAUGCCCAUCAAUUGAAUGCGACCCAAUUGAAUCAAUCAAUCCUUUUGGAGGUCUCACCUUCGAAUUCCCCCAAAUGGGGUGCUCUGUUUUCGAGUGUCGAUUCCGGGUUGAAUUUGGGUCAUUCGGGUGGGGAGGAUGAAAUUGAAAGGAAGAAGAAGAAAAAGAGGAAGGGGAAGAAGAAGAAGAAGCAGCAAUUGGAAAAUGGAGGAGAGGAGAGAGAAAAUGAGGGUUUAGGUUUGUUAAAUAAGGAAAAAUUAGUGUGUUUAUACCCUUUUACAUCAUCUUCUAGUGCUACUCAGAGGAAGAUCAAACAACAGUAUGAUCAGCUUGUUAAGUCUCAAGAAUCCAAAGAACUGACAUUAGCUCAGGUUUGCCAGUUUGUUAACUGCCUGGUUGAUGCUAAGAAUGAGCUACAGCACAAGUCUGAGGGCGUCAAACGUAAAUUUACAAUAACCAAGGCCUUAAUACUUAAGGCUGAUAGAUCCUCCUUUGACCGACUUCGACAGCAGUUAUACAAGCUAGAAGCAGAUCAGAAGAGAUUAGAGGAGGAUGCAUUUGUUUAUAAUUGGCUUCAGCAUCAGCUUAAGCUUUCACCAGCGUACAAGAAGAUGCUUGAAAUCGGGGCUUCCAUGGAGUUGAAGGCCAAGUCUGGUGAACUAGUUGAAGAUCCAGAAACUGAGCAGAGUGAUAUCUCCUUUGAGGAAUUUCUAGAACAAGAGAAAAAAGAUACAUUUUGGCAGAAAUAUCCGAAGACCAAACCAUGUUCAGGUUGAUCGCGUCUGCUCGCCUGCCCUUUCUUUUUAUCUCCUCUAAUAGCGGUGAUCAGAUUCACCCAAUAGCAAGGUUAUAUUAGGUCUAGUACUCAAAGCCUGCUUCCUGGCAGGAGUUUUUAUUUAAAGGCUGCUGGAGCUUCAUUCAGACCACCCCCCCCCCACCCCUGAAAGUACCAUGUUAUCCUUGUUCAUGGGCUAUUAGUGAAAAUCCUUUAUUUUUGGCACAUAAUUAGCAAGUUGGCUUGGAGAAAAUGUCAAGAGCCAAGGUUUCCGGUAGUAUUGUCUUUCAAACAGUAUGGUAUACAACUAUACAAGACUCAUGACUUCAUGAGACUGAUUACCUUUCAUUUCA